AUGGAAAUAAACCCUGGUGCGCUCUUCCAAGCUGAUAGGGCUGACUAUGAGCGCAGGGUUAAGGCGCCGGGUUCAUUGGUUGGCCUGCAUGGCAUUCCUAUCCUGCCCAAGGAUAACAUUGCAACCAAGGAUAAGUUGAACACCUCGUCUGGCUCUUUUGCACUGCUUGGAUCAGUCGUGCCUCGUGAUGCAGGCGUCGUGGUGAAGUUAAGGAAAGCUGAAGCUAUAAUUUUUGGAAAGGCUAGCUUGAGUGAGUGGUCUGCUUUCAUGCUAGUUAGAACUCCUGGUGGUUUUAGUGCUAGAGGUGGCCAAGGAAAGGUGGUUUACGUUAAUCUUCAGAAUUUAGUAAUUCUUGCUAUUUUUGAUAGAAUAAAUGCUCACUGGACUGCAAGAACUGAGACUGAUGGCUCCAUCUUAUGUCCAUCAAACGCUAACUUAGUGGUGGGAGGACUAAAAACAACAGUUGAUCUUACCAGCAGAGCUGGAGUAAUCCCAAUUUCUGCUAGACAAGACACUGUUGGGACCGUAUUGGAUGCUGUUUACGUUCUUGACGCCAUUGUAGGAAUUGAUUACCAUGAUGGUGCAACGCAAGAAGCAGCGAAGUACAUUCCACACGGUGGUUACAAACAGUUUCUCAAGCGUCAUGGGUUCGAAGGCAAAAGACUUGGAAUCGUCAGGACUCCAUUCUUGAGUUCUGCCAGUGAAUCUGAGAGUCAAGCUUUUGAGCACCAUCUCCGAACACUCUGGCAAGGAGGAGCAGUUUUAGUAGACCACUUGGAAAUAGCCAACAUGGAUACUAUUUCCACCGGGACAGCCGAAGGAACAGCAUUGCUGGCUGAGUUGAAAAUAUCCUUGAACGCAUACCUGAAAGAGCUGGUUGCUUCCCCUGUCCGAACAUUGGCUGAUCUCAUAGCAUACGAUCAGAAAUUUUCAGAUACCUUGCGGGAAAAGAUCAAGGCAUUUGGCCAAGACCUCUUCCUAGCAGCUCAAGCUACAAAUGGAAUUGGAACCAUAGAGAAAGCAGCAUUGCCAAGUUCAGAGAAACUGACAGGAGAUGGAUUUCAGAAGUUGAUGUGUGAUUACAACCUAGAUGCAUUGGUAACUCCCGGAGCAGGUAUUGCUAGUGUUCUUGCCAUUGAAGGAUUACUAGGAAUUAAUGUUCCGGUAGGAUAUGAUGGUAUGGGAGUACCUUUUGGCAUUAACUUUGGAGGAUUAAAGGGCACAGAACCAAAAAUGAUUGAGAUUGCAUUUGGCAUUGAGCAAGCAACUAAAAAAGAAAGCCUCCAACCCUUGAAACUUCACAAGAAUGAUCCUUUGAAGUUUAACUCUUCUAUGUCUACCAAUUCACUACUGCUUUUCGUUCUUGGUUUUUUACAAUUGUCUGGGCUUUAUACCAAGACAAGCGGUGCCUUCUCCAUUGAAGAAGCAACUAUUGAUGAUCUUCAGCUAGCUUUUAAGCAAAACCAACUAACCUCAAGACGACUUGUUGCGUUCUACCUCAAACGGAUACGCAGACUCAACCCACUUCUUAAAGGGGUCAUAGAGGUGAACCCUGAUGCACUCUUCCUCGCCGAUAAGGCUGACAGAGAGCGCAAGGCCAACACACCAGGGUCUUCUGUUGGUUUACAUGGCAUUCCUAUCCUGCUUAAGGACAAUAUUGCAACCAAAGACAAACUGAACACUACAGCUGGCUCUUAUGCACUGCUUGGUUCAGUUGUGCCUCGGGAUGCAGGUGUGGUGGUGAAGUUGAGAAAAGCUGGAGCUAUCAUUUUAGGGAAGGCAAGCUUGAGCGAGUGGGCUAAUUUUAGGACAAAUGGUGCACCCUCAGGUUUUUGCGGGAGAAGUGGCCGAGGAAAGAAUCCGUAUGUUUUGUCUGCAACUCCUUGUGGGUCAAGCAGUGGGUCAGGAAUUUCGGUGGCAGCAAAUUUGGCAGCCGUGUCACUAGGGUCUGAGACUGAUGGCUCCAUCCUAUGUCCAUCCAGUUACAACUCAGUUGUGGGCAUCAAACCCACUGUUGGUCUCACAAGUAGAGCUGGGGUUAUCCCAAUCACCCCAAGACAAGACACUGUGGGGCCAAUUUGCAGGACAGUAUCAGACGCUGUAUAUGUCCUUGAUGCCAUUGUAGGCUUUGAUUCAAAUGAUGUUGCAACUAGAGAAGCGGCAAAAUACAUUCCACAUGGUGGCUGCAGACAAUUUCUUGACCCUCUUGGGCUUAAGGGGAAGAGACUGGGGAUAGUGAGGGAUCCAUUUUACAAUUUCAGCAACGUUGAAGGAUCCGGUCUGAUCAAUCAAACUUUUGAGCACCAUUUUCAGACUCUAAGACGAGAAGGGGCAGUCCUUAUAGACAAUUUGCAAAUAAGCGAUGUUGACACAAUCACAAACAUCGAGCAGAGUGGUGAAUUACUUGCAAUGUUGCUCGAAUUCAAGCCAGCUUUGAAUAAAUAUCUAGAACAGUUGGUGGCAUCUCCAGUCAGAUCCUUAGCAGAUGUGAUAGCCUUCAACAAAAAAUUCUCCAAACUGGAGAAGACUAAGGAGUAUGGUCAAGUCUUCUUCGAGCAAGCCGAGUUCUUGAGUCAAAUUUAUCGAAUUUCCAGCUACGUAAGGUCUGUUCUUGCAAUUGGACAAUAUCCAGGAAUCAGUGUCCCCGCUGGGUAUAAUAGUGAGGGAGUGCCUUUUGGCAUUUGCUUUGGGGGACUAAAGGGUUCAGAGCCAAAACUUAUUGAGAUUGCUUAUGGCUUUGAAACAGCUACUAAGGUUAGGAAGCCGCCUACAUUCAAGCCUUAA